AUGGCCGGGGCGCGGGGCGGGAGGCGCGCAGGCAUGGGAGCAGGAGCCCCAGCGGCGGCCCGAGCGAGGGCCGGGAAGAGGCCCGCGGAGCAGCAGUGCGAGCUGCAGGAGGCGGGGUCCGGCGAGGAGCUGCCUCUCUUCAACCAUCCAGCCCCCAGCCAGAGUGCAACAGACAGUGAGUCUGACCCAUCCGACAGUGAAGAGAGUGUGUUCUCAGGUCUGGAGGACUCUGGCAGUGACAGUAGUGAGGAUGAUGCCAGCAGUAUUGAAGAUGGACAAUCCAGGAGCAUCCCAAAGAUGACUCAGGAGAAGUCCCAGGCUGCUACCACCAGGCAGAACACAAAGGAAGCCGGUAGCCAGAGCCAAGAACCAAAGAAAGAAGAUGAAUAUGCGGAGGACAGCUCUGAUGAGGAGGACAUCCGGAACACAGUGGGGAAUAUCCCUCUGGAAUGGUAUGAAGAUUUUCCCCACAUUGGCUAUGACCUCGAUGGGAAAAGAAUCUAUAAACCUCUUCGUAGCCGAGAUGAACUUGAUCACUUUCUGGAUAAGAUGGAUGACCCUGACUACUGGCGGACGGUGCAGGACAAGAUGACAGGGCAGGAUGUGAGGCUGACGGAUGAACAGGUGGCUCUGGUACAGCGGCUACAGAAGGGCCAGUUUGGAGACGCCAGUUAUGAUCCCUAUGAGCCAGCUGUAGACUUCUUCAGUGGGAGCAUGAUGAUCCACCCAGUGACCAACCGUCCUGCUGACAAGCGCAGUUUCAUCCCAUCCCUCAUUGAGAAGGAGAAGGUCUCCCGGAUGGUCCAUGCCAUUAAGAUGGGUUGGAUCCAGCCACGACGGCCGAGGGACCUCACUCCCCAGUACUAUGACCUGUGGGCCCAGGAGGACCCCAGUGCCAUCUUGGGGCGCCACAAAAUGCAUGUGCCUGCCCCGAAACUCGCACUGCCUGGCCAUGCUGAAUCAUACAACCCCCCACCUGAGUAUUUACUCAGUGAAGAGGAGCGACUGGCCUGGGAACAGCAAGAGCCUAGUGAGAGGAAGUUGAACUUCUUGCCUCAGCAAUUUCGAUGCCUUAGGGCAGUGCCCGCGUAUGGCCGCUUUAUCCACGAACGCUUUGAACGUUGCCUUGACCUUUACCUGUGCCCUCGCCAGCGCAAGAUGAGGGUGAAUGUGGACCCUGAAGAUCUGAUCCCCAAACUGCCCAAACCCCGGGACCUGCAGCCAUUUCCCACUGUCCAAUCCCUGGUAUACCAGGGCCACAGUGACUUGGUACGAUGCUUCAGUGUUUCGCCCAGUGGCCAUUGGCUAGCUUCAGGCUCAGACGAUCAUUCGGUACGACUGUGGGAAGUGAACACUGGUCGGUGCCUGAAGACAAUUCCUGUGUCUGGAGUGGUGAAGAGCAUCGCCUGGAAUCCCAACCCUGCCAUCUGUCUUAUAGCUGUGGCUGUUGCAGAGUCAGUGCUCCUGCUGAAUCCGGGUCUGGGGGACCUGUCGGCCACAAGCAGCACAGACCAGCUGCUGAGCGCAUUCUCGCCCCCUGAAGAGCCUGCUCGGCAGCCUGUGGAGUGGCAGGAGGCUUCAGCUGAAGAGCAUGGACACGGCCUUAGGCUGCGAAUCUGUCAUAACAAGCCAGUGAAGCAGGUAGCCUGGCAUGGACGUGGGGAUUACCUGGCUUCAGUCGUGGCAGCUGCUGAGCACACACAGGUGUUGAUGCACCAGCUGAGCCGUCGGCGCAGCCAGAGCCCUUUCCGUCGAAGCCACGGUCAGGUGCAGUGCGUGGCCUUCCACCCCUCUCGACCCUUCCUGUUUGUGGCUUCUCAGCGCAGCCUCCGUCUCUACCACCUGCUUCGCCAGGAACUCACAAAGAAGCUAAUGCCUAACUGCAAAUGGGUGUCUAGCCUGGCUGUACACCCCCAAGGAGACAAUGUAAUCUGUGGCAGUUAUGAUAGCAAGUUGAUCUGGUUUGAUCUUGACCUUUCAACCAAGCCCUACAAGGUGCUAAGGCACCACAAGAAGGCCCUCAGGGCUGUCGCUUUCCAUCCAAGGUACCCGCUCUUCGCCUCUGGAUCUGAUGAUGGCAGUGUCAUUGUCUGCCAUGGCAUGGUCUACAAUGACCUUCUACAGAACCCGCUGUUGGUGCCAGUGAAAGUUCUCAAAGGCCACACGAUGCACCGGGACCGGGGUGCUGGAUGUGAGCUUCCACCCCACCCAGCCCUGGCUUUUCUCCUCUGGGGCAGAUGGCACCCUUCGACUCUUCACCUAGGGACAACAGGGUGGCGUGGGGUAUUAAAAGGGACAUUUCUUGCUGUUGGCCUUGUCUCUGUCUAGGACAGAAGGGGAUUGGCAAGAAGAAUAAAGCAUAAUCAGCUACCCAGCAAGUCAGAAUACUUAGAAAGCUGACCUCUUAAUAUCCUACCCAAAAUCUUCUGCCUCUUACUACACACAAAAUAGAAUCUCAUUUUUGGAAAGGGCUUUCAUCCUCUAAUUUAGGAGUUCUUAAUCUUUUUUGUCAUGGAUCCCUUUUGCAGUCUGGUGAAAUCUAUAGGCCCCUUCUCAGAAAAAAAUUUUUUUAAUAAGUAAAAUACAUUAGCUUACAAAGGAAAUGUAUUAUUGAAAUAAAGAUCUAUUUUUUUCCCUUCCA